UCCUGGUAGGAAAUUUAUUCAUGUUCUUUAAAAUAUAACUUUUGUUUAAAGAUUAUUUUGAUCAUGUGAUUCCCCACAGUGCCGAUGAAUUUAUUUCCUAUUUGGAGGAAUUAUGUCUGAAAAACGGCGACCUUAUAAAUACAUAUCGGUGUGAUCCUCCGCGUAGUGAUGGGUACUGCACCCAUUUUCUAUCGCAAGGUGUUACGCAAGUGUUCACACGUACACAUAUUUAUCUCUGCUGAAAUUUAUUUACUUAACUGGUUUAUUGACCAUCUUCACGAAAUCAUGAUAAACGUUUUCAAACUUUGAACUUCUUAGUUCUCUUUAUCACAAGGUUAAUAACAUUUAAAAGAAAAUUGGUUACCGGUAAACGUGAAUAUUAUAUUACGUAAAGACAUUCUUUUUGAAUUGAAUGUUUUAAGAAAGAUGGCUUUGCCGAGGAAUAACUGGAAAAUGAUUUGAUUCAAAGUAUUAUAUACGAUACACAGCAACUGUACAUAAAGAUUCUCAAUACGAAAUAAAGGAAUAUCAAGUAGAAUGGAAAAAUCAACAGAAACAUUUGAUAUAAACGUAUUGAAGCCGAAUCAGCUUGGAGCAUCUGUUAAAGGCCAUGGAACCUUUGUACCAGAUUCUGCACCAGAAGUUGAACAUGGACCAAGUGUGGAAGAUACAGCUGUACUUUCAGCAUUUCCGGACACGAGAAACAAGGGUUCUGAUGAAGUCUUUGAGAUGUAUUGUGAAACAUGCAACAGAGACGGGAAACAUAAGCCUGCAUCAGGUUUCUGUACAUCUUGUAUGUCAUACUUUUGUUCCACUUGCCUUAACUAUCACGGGAUGUUCUUGCCGGAUCACAGAUAUUUAGAGGGAGACAAAUUGCCACAAGACGUUUGUAUUGAAAAAUGCCCAGUUCAUAACACUGAAAUAAUCAAAUUUUACUGUGCAACGUGUAACACGUUCGUUUGUUCUGUUUGUAAAAGGGUGGACCAUAAGGAAGUUUGUGCUAUGAGAUAUUUGCCCAAUAUUGUCCAAGAUUUAGAGCGUGGGGAGGAAUUUGGACAACUGAUUAUUAACUGGAAUCAUAUUGCAAAACGAUUGUCAGACGCUGAAAGAGCAAUGGGUAUCCGCCAUGGACGUAUAUACAAAAUAUCUUCAGACGUUAAGUUCGCGAUAAUGAAAGAAAAGGACACUUUGUUCAACCGGUUCGACCAAGAAGCAAAUAAAAUUGAAGAGAAUGUUGCGUCAGUAAUGCAAGUUGAAAACGCACGAGUGAGCAAUGCGAAACAAACGAUAGAACCUUUGAACAUAGAAAUUGGCAAGCUUGUACAUGAUAUUAAACAGCUUUCCAUUUCUCCAAAAAGUCAAAAGUAUAAACUAUUCAUUGCAUUGAAACAAGUCAGUCAAAGACUUGAACAGGCAGGACAUGUUGUUGAGGAUUUGACAAAAUAUGAUUCCACAAGCGAUGAUGCAUUUAAGUAUAAACUAGAAAAGCAUGCGGACGAUGUUAUCAAAAGAGUAAGAGAAUUUGGAAGUGUCGCCAAGGACAAUAACGUUAAAAUGAAAGAGACAGAAGCAAGAGAUCAACGAAAAUUUGCACACCUUGUGGGUGAUAUUAACGUGAGUUCCGCACGUGAUGAUGAUGGUUGCCACAUAGUUGACUGCUGCGUACUGUCUGAGCAAUAUCUUAUUGCUUGUGACAAAAACAAUUCUUCUGUGAAGCUAAUUGAUACGAAAGGUCAAGGAGUUAUUUACGUGCGGCACGUGAAAACAGUUCCAGAAGCUGUUACAAAGAUUACUGACUCUGAGUUUGCAAUGGUACAUUCAUCUGACAGGGACGAGGACAGGAGUAUAAUCCAGUUUUUAACCAUGACAGAGUCAAGAGCUCUUGAUUUCCAAACACACUUUAUACUUACAGAAAUGUACUGCGUCAAUAUCGCCUACGUUAAUGAUGACAGGCUAAUUGUUUCUAUGUGGGCCAAUCAUGAAGGUAAAGUGCAAGUACUAAGCAUGACCGAAAAGUCAUUGCUAACUUUGAAACAUAAUAAGGAAGGUGAAAAACUGUUCAGAUGCCGUUUAAAUUUUAGCCUUAGAUGCUAG